AUGCGCACCGCUUUAGGAAGUCUUUCUACGCGGUACCGCCUGAUCUGCAAGCCAAUCAGACCACACCUACUCUACAGUGUCUUCACACCGGAGAAAUUCUGGUUGCAAACAAUGUUCGAAGAUCGAUUUUCUGCUGAUCACAUGAAGAUUGAUCCCUCAAUAGAGCACGUCGUGGACUACCCACUUUAUUCCCUGGACGGCAACGUUGCUGCAAUCGUUGAAGUCCAAAGGAAUGCUGCUGCGGGCACUUUUGAUGACACAGACGUCAAGGUAGGCAAGUCGCGAAGGUUUGAUAUGAGUGCUCGAUACGAUUUCAACUAUUUUCUUUGCAAGUGCAUGUGCCACACUAGCGACCGGAGUUAA